AUGACAUCAACAGGGCACCUAGCCAACAACCACCAUGAUGUUAAGGAGUUUGACAGUGUGAAGGAGUCUAUCAGUGACAUCAUCAACCAGCUACAAGACAUAGACCCUGCCCGACUGUCCUUCUCCCCAUUCCUGGAUCUGGACACACAGAUCUCCUUGGCUCCAGUGUCAGACAGUCCUGAAUCUUCAGUGGAGGAGCUGCGCUCCCCCUCUCACUCUGUGCCUGGUUCACAACACUCCCUAGAGCCAUUGACGACAGGGGACCAUCUUGACCAGGGUCUUUCCUGCCAAAGUCGAUCCUGUGAUAAUUUCGCAGAGCCACCUCAACAAACGGAGCAAGGAGAGCUGGAGAACACAGUUGCCAGUAAUAUCCCUUUAGAGCAGACACUGGAGGAGGAUCCUUCUGAAAACUAUAACAGAGCCCCACUGCCAGAUUCUCAGGGUGACAUCCCCAAUGGCAGGGACAGAGAGCAGUGGAACCCCUUGGAAUCCACCAAUCUAGAGUCAACAGUUGAUGAGGACCACCCACUCAUCAGGGCCCUACCAGAAUGCAUUGAGAUGGGUGUCUGGAACCCACAGGAAGAAGGGGAGUGUGAAGCCAUUCCAGACAGUGCAGAGAGGGAGCGCUGCUGUUGCUGUAGGUGCUGCCGAAGUGGCCGCAUUCCAGCUCUGUGCUCAGUUCUGGCAUCGCUUUUGUUUCUCCCAGGGAUUCUAUAUGCUCUCUACUUCUACGUACCCUUGGAUGCCCCUCAUUGUCCAGACCUGGUCAGCCGCCUCUCUUUCACUCUCCAGUGUUGCGCUGUUGCAGCUGUACCCGUUUUGCUGGGCAUGCUGACAGGUGCUGUGUCCCGAUUCUGCACUGCAUCCUUGGACCCAGUGCAGGUGAUCCCCAGAGCACCUGCCCUUCUGCAGCUAUUUGUUACUGCAUCCUUGGAACAGCUUUCUCUAUACACCCUCAACCUUGUUGUCUUGGCUACCUUUCUGCCCCAAGCCCAGCUGAAGGUAGUGCCCAUUUUGGCUGGAGUCUUUGUGGGAGGAAGGCUUGUUUACUGGCUGUCACUCCACGUCUGCAGCUCAUGGCGAGGGUUUGGCUCAGGGCUUACUUUUUUCCCACUCCUGGUCAUGGUGGUCUUCAACCUUUACUUUCUGUUUGAGCUUGGCUUCAGUAAGCUCUUCCCUGGAACUGAGGACACACUUUCUGUCCUGACUACCCCUUCUCCCUGGCCACUGGAGAUGCCCAGGGGGUUAAGAGACACAGCAGAUCAGUUCUUGCCCACAAACCGCUUGGACAUACAGAGAGGCAGAGGAUAG